CAUACGAUGAAAUCGCUCGCGCUCGCUGUCAUCAUCAUCAUCAUCAUCAGCGCCGCCCUGUAGAGAGAGAGAGAGAGAGAGAGAAGAGAGAGAGAGAGAGAAAAGAGAGAGAACCCCCCUCCUCCCCACCUAACAACAACCCCAACCCCGCAGGCUCGAGCACAACGACCCCACCCCCCCAACCCCCUCUGAGAGAGGGGACGGAGCGAGACACACACUCAGAGUCACGGAGAAAAAGAGCGUCUCUGGAUCCCGGCUCUGUUCUGCCCUCAAUCCGGGCCUAAUGCUGUAGCAGACCGCGCCGAGGAGCGAGCGAGAGCGACAGAGAGAGAGAGAGAGACAUCGCGCUGAUUGAGAGUCGGUGAGGGACAGGGCGGACAGGGCGGACCGGAGCGACGACGGGAUUGUUCAUUCGCCUGGAAACAUGGGAUGUACACUGAGCGCCGAGGAGCGCGCAGCUCUGGACCGGAGCAAGGCCAUCGAGAAAAACCUGAAGGAGGACGGGCUGGUCGCCGCCAAGGACGUCAAACUGCUUCUGCUCGGCGGCGGAGAGUCCGGCAAAAGCACCAUCGUCAAACAGAUGAAGAUUAUCCAUGAAGAUGGCUUUUCUGGGGAUGAUGUGAAGCAGUAUAAGCCUGUGGUCUACAGCAACACCAUCCAGAGCUUGGCGGCCAUCCUCCGAGCCAUGGACUCACUGGGCAUCGAGUUUGGAGACAAGGAUAGAAAAGCUGAUGCUAAGCUGGUUUGUGAUGUGGUCAGUCGUAUGGAGGACACAGAGCCGUACUCUGCAGAGCUUCUCACCGCCAUGAAGCGCGUAUGGGCCGACGCUGGGACUCAGGAGUGCUUCAAUCGUGCCCGGGAAUACCAGCUUAACGACUCUGCUCAAUACUAUCUGGACAGUCUAGACCGGAUCGGGGCAGCAGACUACCAGCCCACAGAGCAGGACAUCCUGAGAACCCGAGUGAAGACCACCGGCAUCGUCGAGACCCACUUCACCUUCAAAAACCUCCAUUUCAGGCUGUUUGACGUGGGAGGUCAGAGGUCAGAGAGGAAGAAAUGGAUCCACUGCUUUGAAGAUGUGACGGCCAUUAUCUUCUGCGUUGCUCUGAGCGGCUACGACCAGGUGCUCCAUGAAGAUGAAACGACUAACCGCAUGCACGAGUCGCUCAUGCUCUUCGACUCCAUCUGUAACAACAAGUUCUUCAUCGACACCUCCAUCAUCCUCUUCCUCAACAAGAAGGAUCUGUUCGCUGAGAAGAUCAAGAAGUCACCGCUGACGAUCUGUUUUCCAGAAUACACAGGUGCUAAUACUUACGACGAUGCUACUGCAUAUAUUCAGGUUCAGUUUGAGAGUAAGAACCGCUCUCCCAAUAAGGAGAUCUACUGUCACCUGACCUGUGCCACAGACACAGGAAACAUCCAGGUAGUGUUUGAUGCCGUCACUGACAUCAUUAUUGCAAACAACCUUAGAGGGUGUGGCUUAUACUGAGGCCUGGCCAAGCACAGAGGUUGUCAUGGAGAGUAUGAGGUGUUAAUAAUGAUAAUUUUGAUGAUACUUAAACACAUAAAUAUGUAAUUCUACACGUCCAAACGGACCCAAAGAGCUGCCGUCAGACACCACACUGGAUUAUUGCCAUGAUUUGUUCCCUUCCUCUCUUUUUGAUUUCAGUAUACAACCCCAGUUUUUGUCAUAUCAAAACUGUGUUUUUGUUUUUGUUUUGUUUUUUUGAGCUGAAUGUUUCAUGUUUUGUUGAUGAAUGUGUCAACAACUGGGAAGAGAAUCAGAAACAGCAGCACCAGAGGUUUUAUUCAGCUCGAGUCUUGUUUUGAGGGGGGAAAAAAGAAAGAAAGAAAAAAAAACUUCAACCCUUAAAUGCAUCACGAGGAGCGUGCAAUGUCAUUUUUAAGCACAACAUGGAAUACUGUCCCAUUCUUUAUGUGACAUUUUUUUAAAUGUGCAAGUCUCAAGGCAUUUAUAUCUGUACUGAAUACAACCUCUGCUGUGCUGUUUGAAGAGUGUGAGUAAAUGUGUGUGUGUGUGUGUGUGUGAGUGUGUGUGUGUGAAAGGUAGGA